AUAUAUAUUUAUAGAUAUAUGUGUGUGUAAGUGUAUAUAUAUAACUGUUCUGUGUGUGUGAAUUGAUGGUAGUUAAUUAGCUAGCUCGCUAGGAGAAAAUUAUAAAACAACUUCAAAAUAUACAUACAGACAUUAAUUCUAGUUUUUAUGGAGUCUCUCUCAUUGAUGAACAUGGGAAGAACAAGAAGCAGAUCUUCAUCAUCAUCAGUAUAUAUAGUGUCUUGUCUGCUUCAAUGUUUAUGUGUGCUAAUUGGAAUGUUUGUCUUCAUCACACAUUGUGAUGCAAAAAAAUUAUCUCCAACCUCUCCCAGAGCUCCCAUUCAUUCAUCAUCAUCAAAGACAGUGAAGAGGUUUGAUGUGUUUCUACCGUUGGAUUCAAACUCUAAAUCCUACGGCGUGAGUUCUCCUUUCAAUUUGCCACCUUAUGACUCUCUAGCUCCGAUUCCCUUGCCGGAAAACUCCCCACCCUACUGCGUGUAUCCUCCUCCGUCCACCACUGUCCCUAGCCCCGCCGCCGGCAGCGGCGGCGGAGGCGGCAGCGGAGGAUACAUUCCAUCACCUCCCAUGCUACCCAGCCCACCACAAAACGUGCCUUACUAUGGCCCACCUCAAAGUGUUCCGAGCCCAACAGAGCCCGGUAUGAGCCCACCAUUUUAUUACGAGCCCAGCCCGCCAACGAGCAUUAUCCCAUCGCCAACCGGGCCGUACGUGCCCACCCCGUUCCUGCCGCCGGUGGUGUACCCGCCGCCUAGUGUGCCGCCACCGCCGUCGACUGCGGCGCCAACGGCGCUGUGGUGCGUGGCGAAGCCGGCGGUGCCGGAGCCGAUAAUACAGGAGGCGAUGAACUACGCGUGCGCAUCGGGCGCGGAAUGCGAUCAGAUUCAGCCCAACGGGUCGUGCUUCCAGCCGGACACUCUAUUGGCGCACGCCUCCUACGCCUUUAACAGCUACUGGCAGAGGACGAAGCAGGCCGGCGGCACCUGUGAAUUCGGAGGCACCGCUAUGCUUGUCACCGUCGAUCCAAGUUACGAUGGAUGCCAUUUUACCUACGUCUGAUUUGGCCUUGUACCGGGAAUGGAUCACAACCACACAUGAGCAUGUACGUACUGGACAAGGUCAGAUAAUGUCCCCUUUAAUUUGAUCCAUAUUAACACAUCCAGCUACCGUUGUUUAUGUCAACAACAAACAACAUUUUGUACGUCUGUUAAUUUUUCUUUUAUCAUGAAACAAUAGUUUGGUACGUGAACCUCCACAAUGUUAUUUUUGUUGUUGCGGAUUGUUUCCUUGUUGCACUUAUAAACACUUCGGCUUUUCUUCUCAUUCACAAA